AUGGCUCCGUUUUACCAACGACCGGAAAAUGCUCUUAAAAGAGCUGAAGAGCUAAUUGCGGUUGGCCAAAAUGUAGCUGCUCUUACAUCUCUUCACGAGAUAGUAAUUUCAAAGCGUUCACGCAGUACCUCUCUUACUGCGCUAGAACCGAUCAUGCUUCGAUUUGUGGAAUUAUGCGUCAAUUUAAGAAAGGGUAAAACAGCCAAAGAAGGCUUGCAUCAGUAUAAGAAUAUUUCUCAAAAUACCAGCGUUACAACUAUUGAGCUUGUUAUAAAAAAAUUUAUUGAACUUUCUGAAGAAAAAGUAACCGCCGCUCAAGCAAAGGCGGAUCAAAUUAUUUUAGAUGCUAUUGAUGAUCUCGAAGCAUCUGAAACUCCAGAAUCAAUUAUGUUGAGUACAGUUAGUGGUGAACAAAGUAAGGAUAGGACUGAUAGAGCUGUUGUCACACCUUGGCUCAAGUUCUUGUGGGAGGCGUAUAGAACGGUUUUGGAUAUCUUAAGGAAUAAUGCGCGAUUGGAAGUCUUAUAUCAACAAACUGCCCAUCAAGCAUUCCAAUUCUGUCUCAAAUAUACUCGGAAAACAGAAUUUAGACGUCUAUGCGAACUUCUUCGUAAUCAUCUUCAAAAUAUUGCAAAGUAUGCUCAUCAACCUCAUUCAAUUAAUUUGAAUGAACCAGAAACACUUCAGCGACAUUUGGAUACUCGAUUUUAUCAACUUAACGCGGCUGUUGAAUUAGAAUUAUGGCAGGAAGCAUUUAGAUCUGUUGAAGAUAUUCAUAAUUUGUUGUCUAUGUCAAAGAGACCACCAAAACCUGUAAUGAUGGCUAAUUAUUAUGAUAAGUUGACAAAGAUAUUUUUGGUUAGCGAAAAUUACUUGUUUCAUGCCGCUGCUUGGAAUCGUUAUUAUACUUUGGUGAAGGCACAGAAUAAAUCCCUUACUGAUGAGGAUAGUACGAGAAUGGCUUCAUUUGUCUUAUUAUCAGCUCUUGCUAUUCCUGUUAUUACUAGUUCAAGAACUCGUAUGCUUGAGAUUGAUGAUAAUAAAAACAAGCAACAUCGACUUGCUUCUUUAUUAGGAAUGAGUCGUUCUCCAACUAGGUCCGGAUUAUUAAAAGAAGCGCUCAAUAAGAAUAUAUUACGUCGCGUCCGUCCACAAUUAAGAGAGCUUUACAAUAUAUUAGAAGUUCAAUUUCAUCCUUUAUCAAUUUGUAAAAAGAUUGAACCUAUAAUGAAUCACCUCUCUCAAGAUACUGAAAUGGCGAAAUAUGUCAAACCUUUGCAUCAAGUUAUUUUAACACGACUCUUUCAACAGUUAUCACAAGUUUAUGAUAGUGUUAAACUUGAUUUUGUCAUCAACCUUGCGUCCUUUGCCCCACCAUAUAAUUAUGAUGCUGCAACAAUAGAAAAAUUUAUCAUGAACGGGUGUAAAAAAGGAGAAUUAGCAAUUCGUAUUGAUCAUGCAACCAGCAGUUUAACUUUUGAGACCGAUUUAUUUUCUGCUUCUAAAAACGCCGAUGCUGAUGGUGCUAAAUUACAAGCUUCACCGGCAGAUAGGAUGCGUGAUCAACUUUCGCGACUUGCCAAAUGUUUUUAUACAACCGUUCAUAUGAUAGAUCCUACUAUCAUUGAAACCAAACAAAACGCUAAAGCGCAAGCACUUUCACGCGCUUUGGCUGGGAUGGAAGAAGAGCACAAUAAUGCGCUUGCUCGUAAAGCUAUUAUUGAGCGACGAAGAGCAUUAGUGGACACAUUGUUAAUGCGUAAAGCGAAAGAAGAGGAGCGUGAACGAGCUCUUCUCAAAAAACGAAAAGAUGAAGAGCUUAGACAGCGUCAAAUCGAGGAGGCAAAAAAACGUGAACAAGAGAGGAGGAAACGUGAUCGUGAAGCCAUUCAAAAAGAGGAAACUCGAAAAUUGGCUGAAACGCUUAAACUUCAAAAUCUAAAAAUUGAACCAGAGGAAUUGGAUAAAUUGGAUCCAGACAAGAUUGUUAGACUCCAAGUUGAACGGCUUGAAAAGGAAAAACGCGAACUCAAUGAACGUCUCAGAGCUACAGCUAAACGUAUGGAUCAUCUUGAACGUGCCUAUCGUAAAGAAGAAAUUCCUCUUCUAGAAAAAGAUUACGAACGACAAAGAAAAAUUGAUAGAGCUUAUCAUGAAGCUGCUCGUAAAUUACAACUCGAAACAUCUUUCUCUAAGCAUAAUGAAGAUCUUAAAUUAAAGGAAAGACUUAAGAGAAUAUUACCGGAUUAUCAACAAUAUCGAAAGGAGAUUGAAGAUAAACGAUAUGAAGAAUUCGAACGACGCCGUAAAGCUGCUCAAGCCAAAAUUGAAGAGGAAAAGGAAAAGAGACAGCUCGCACGUCGUGAAGAAGAAGUUCGUCUUAGGAAGGAGAAAGAAGAAUUAGAAUACCAAGAAAGGAAAAAGAAACUUGACGAGCAAGCUAAACGACAGGCUGAGAUGGAACGUAAAGCAGAAGAAAGGUUAAGACGUCAGCAGGAGGAGAAAGAACGUACUGACAAAGAAGAACAAGAACGACGUCGAAGAAAGGAAGUUGCUAACUCUGGUUAUGUUCCUCCAGCUCUUCGCCAACGAACUGAAUCUACUAGUAGUAAAGAUGAUUCACCAUGGCGCAGAAAUGAAGAGUCUGCGUGGCGUAGGUCAGAUUCUGGUCGUAGUAACACUACAGAAGAAACUGAUAGACGUCGGUCUGGCCGCACUGAAGAAGUGGAAUGGCGUAGAUCCGAUUCAGGACGUGGUUCCUCGACUACCGAAGAUAAAGCUUGGCGUCGUACUUCUGUUACUGCCACUUCAACGCGUGAGGAACCAGGUAGUUGGCGGCGAAGUGGCCCAUCGGCUAAUGAUCGUGGAGAUUCAUGGAGAUCAAAAGAUGCAGAAGAUUCUGAACAGUCUUCAACGUCUUCACGAGGUCCUACUCGUAUAUUGAAAUCGGAAUCUACUGGAUGGCGAGCUCGUUCUAAGCAACAGGCUGAAUCUUCGACUAUGGAAAGAACAUCAUCAGGGCGUCUCUGGACAGCAACUCUGCAAGAUCAAUUUGAUGAUAAUGAAGAUGAUUCAAAUUCUAAUUUGGAAAAUGCACCAACUGAAUCAAGAGUAAUCAAUGAACCUGUGAAACAAACUUUUACAAAUGAACCUGAUGACGAUGGAUUUAUACCAGUUAGCAAGGGCAAGAGACGUGGUUAA